UUGGAAUGCUUUGACGGUGACGCAGUCAGCUUGUAUAAUGAUUCCCUCAUUGUUUGUCUUUCAGUGCAUGUUUUAAAAUUUUUUUGCACGGACACAGUUCAUCCCAGCCAGGACUCCGGCAUGUCUCUUUCUCGCAGAAUCUGUUCCAUCCAAGUCAGUGACGUCAGCCUGAAACCGCCCAAUGUUGUCCCCUAGGAAACUCAAUAUAGAUGAGUUUUUUAAUCGCUGAUGAGAACCCAUUUCUGACCUACAGGUGGCAUCAGAAGACACCCACACAGAAUGCUGCAGCACAGACAUGGUGAGGAGUUCUAUCUUGGCCCCCGGGCUCUGAAAGAGGCUCUUGUCUCGACAAAGCCCUGCCUGAAGGAGCUGUAUGACAGCACCUUCUGCAGUGCAGAGAAAUGCUUCUUAUCAGAGGCGUACAAUCCCAAUAGGACGCUCUUCCAGACUCUGCUGAUAAGGACGGCUUUUGACUGGCUUGUAAGUCGCCCGGAAGCUCCAGAGGACUUUGAGACGUUCUACAGCUCCACUUGCAGGAGGCCGUGCAGCUCUUACAGGAAAACUGCUUAUCUGCAGCCCAUAGAUUUGAUUGAUGCAGGGGACGGGGCACCGCUGCUGUUGUUUCUAGAUACUCUGAAAUCCUAUGCAGAGGCUUUCUUCUCUGGGCUUGAAGUGAAGCUGCUUCCAUCAAUACCCUCAUCUUCCAUUAACUGCCACUUCAGGCACAACCCCAAUUCACAGACCCUCCAGCUUCACACAGGUGGAAUCCUGAAACACUUGAAGAAGGUCAAACCAGCGGACGCAUUCUGUGUCCUGGGCCUCACCUUUCUUGACCUGUACCCCUGCGACACGUGGAACUAUACAUUUGGAAAGAGUACAGCGGAGCAGGCUGUGGGAGUUUGCAGCUUUGCCAGAUUUGUUGGAACACAUUCAGAGAAAUACUGUCAAAGGCAUGAACAGAGCAAUGAAGCCCAAGAUAAUUGCAACAAGAGUCAGCUGGGGGCUUUCACUGUGACCAAUGUGCUGCAGUGCUGCAAGGUCCUGAGUCAUGAGGUCGGGCACCUGGUUGGCAUGGGGAACUGCAGGUGGCUGCGGUGUGCAAUGCAGGGAGGCACAAGCCAAGACCAAGUUUUUCUGAGGCCCAUGGACCUCUGCCCAGUCUGUCUGAGGAAGCUUCAAUAUGCCCUUGGAUUCACUCUAGUUGAGCGCUAUAAGAAACUACAAACCUGGGCAAGAGCCAUCUCUUCCACUUGGGGGGUCAAGGAUUCUGUCGGCAGAGCAGCUUCCGAGGACCACUUCCUGUUCAGCACAUACUCUGAUGUGUCCUGCGAGAACCAUUCCGAGCCUCUGUCAUGCACUCCAGAACCAACCAGAGCAGACACAGGCAGCCAGGUACUCUCCAUCGGCCAGGAGCUGCAGCUCGAUGGACCACCCAGCACUGCUGGCACCUCCUCGUCCAGAACCAGCAGGCCUCAGGAGACUGAGGGGGAGUUGGCUGAGACCCACCUGUUCACAGACCUCCUUAAAGAGUAUGUGGCUUGGCUAGGGGCCUGUGUCGCAGCCUUGGAGAGAAAGCCUUCGGAGGACGAGGUCUCCCAGAUGGACGGUUUUGUGGACGUUCUGCCCGCUUACAGUGGCUUUACAGAGUGGGCCCCUGCCGUCAAGAGCGUUUACGAGGCUCCUAAAGAUGAAAGGCGGCUGAAAAAGUUCAUCAGGGAGAAGCUUUCCACUCUACGUCGGAAGCUGAGCACCAGGAACCUGUUAAAAACAAACUCCUACCCUCUGGAUGAAAGUGCUGAAGACUGACUAACUAACUGGCUGCCAGGGGCCCCUCAUUUUGCUGUUUGCUCAGUCUCGCUUCUGUACUCCUUAAAGUAUUUAAUCCAGCCAUUGCUGGGCUUGAAAUGUAGAUACAGACUGAACUCAUGCAUGAAUCCAAAAGUCAGCACUGUUUUGCUACGUGGCUUCCAGUUUGGCUCAGAGGACUAAUAACCCGAAAUCCUGCCACUACUUUCCUGAGCUCGGACCCCCAGGACAAGUCCUUUCACCCCCCCACCCCCUGUAUAAUUGCGCACAGUGAGAGGUCAGGUUUGGCAGUAAGCACUAUAGUCAGAAUCUAAAGUAUGGGAGAAAUAAAAUCUGUUACAUUUGAAUGCCUUUA